AAAUUUCUACGUUACCAUAUUACAUAACCUCAUUCACUUGUCAGUUUAUCGAAUGUUUUGGUGAUACUUGAAGGUGGAAUAUGGGGGCCGCAUUCGGUUAUUUUCCCGAAAGUGGAUUUAAUCUCUACUUUCAUCCAGAAGUGACCCCUGGACCAAACGAAAAACCGACUUUUGACCCACUUCUUGGUUUUGAAAAUGGACGUAAAGAACGAGUCAUGCUCGCUACUGAGGAAGAGAUGAGGUCGGCGAAAAUACCUCCAGAACAUAGAGAUUACUGCGCUCAUCAUCUCUUGAAGUAUCUGAGUUGUCGAAAAGACAACUGGCCUUGGGCUGUUAACUGCGAGCAUGAAAAACACGUCUAUUCACAUUGCAAAUACGAGGAUUACGUUAUCCGCAUGAAAGAAUACGAACGCGAGAGACGCUUACGUGUGCGUGAGUUCAAUAAAAAACAACAUGAAAUAGCAGCCGCAUGAGCUGUAUAUUUCAACUGGUAGGUCGUUUGUAAAUAAAUAAAAAAUAAAAUUAGAAAAACAAACACGUUGGAAUUUAUUAAAUAAAAACCAUUAGAAACUUAAA